CCAGGACGGGCCAUGCCAAGCACUGUCCUUCCUCACCUUGAGCCCCAGGACAAGGGCCAGGCCACCUCUUUGCUGCGCUGGGCAGCAGCACUUCCCAGUGUCAGCCGCUGGGAGGCGCAUGGCCCCAGCGUUUCCUCCAUAGAUGCUGGGAAGCCCGGUACCUCCUCAGCCUGGUGGGCAUCUGGCCUCACCCUGCCCAGGUCACCCAGAGGUGAAGCCGAGGUCUGGUGGGUGGGAUUGGGCAAGAGGCUGGAGAAAAAUGUGUUGGUCAGAGGCAGGCCCAGGGGGCUUUCCAAGCAGAAACCCAGAGUGAAACCCAAGCUGAGCUCAGCUCUGAAGGGAGGCCCGGUUCUCAGGGAUUAGUCAACUGGAGGAGGUCCCCAGAUCCCUGAGGGUCAGGGCUUGGAUCCAUGCCCUGGGGAGGGGGCAGGUCUGGGGGGACAUAGUGAGACUCAGCCUCCCACCUCCCUCACCAGGGCCAGCCCCUCCCGCCCUCCCUCGGGCCUCCUAACUCAUUCUUUACGCACAGUUUAAGGCCAGAAGUGAGGCUCUGGGAAAGCCUGGUGGAGGUGGGCGGGGGAGAGGGGGAUCGUAGCCAGAUAACCCCCUGCCCAGUGAGCAUCCUUGGGGCCCCCUGAGGGCAGGGGCCCAGGGGCCAGGGGAUGCCAGGUCUGAGCCCUCCUUCAUGAGGUAAAAAAUCCUGGUGCUUCCAAAAUGUCCACAGGAAAACAGUGUUGGCCCGCAGAGACCCCUUGACCCAGGUCUGAGCCCUGAGCCCUGAGCCCUGGAGUGUGGUGUCUCUGAGGUCCCUGGGGGCAGGAUGGAGGCUGGGCUGGUGGGAUGGGCAGGUCUCUCCUCAGCCCUCAUUUUAGCCCCAGAGAGGCCAUGGCCCAUUUUCAUGAGAGAAGACUGCGGCCUGAGGGGCAGGCCUUGCUGAUGGAGGUGGGGGCUGGCCUGGAACUCCCUGGGCCCCAGGCACAAGUGGUGUGCAGCCUCUUCCCCCAGUAGCCUCUCCAGCUUAGGCUGGCAGUGGCUUCAGACUUGGGACCUGGCAGACUGUGUGGCUGUGUGGGCACAGUCCCUCUCUGCCUCAGUUUCUCCAUUGUACAAGGGGGCUAGAGACCUGGGAGGGCAACGCUCAGCUGGAAAGGAAGCUGGGAGAAUGGGGGCUAUGGGGGACUGUGUGGGUGGGACUCCAGCCCACAGCCCCUGCACCCUGUGCCCUGCUAGUCUGGUCGAGGGGUCACUUCAGUGGGCCCUCACUCCCCCUAGCCACCUCCCAGCUGGGCACCCUGAGGCCCAGGCAGGGCAGAGCACAGGCCAGUGUCGCCAGGAGAGAAGGAACCGUCAGCACAGGAAGAGGGAGGCAGACAUGCAGCAGGGAUGGGCAGAAAUGCAGGUGGAAGGGACCCCCAUUUCCCCGAGGUCCCCAGUGGCCUUUCCAGGACAGCAGGCCCUAGGAUUGGACAGUCUGAUGGGCACUGGGUGUGAGGGGCUGGUCACAGGCUCUGUCCAUAUUCCCCACACAGUGGUCUUGUCAUCCUGGGUGUCUGGAGCUCCAGUUGCCUGCCCCCUGAGCACACAGGGAAGUUGAGCGCCUUCCUGGCCCCCUGCCCUGCACCAGCCACCCCCAGGCCGGGCUUUGGCUGAGCCGGGACUUGAACCCGAGUCCUGAGUGACAUUGCCUUGUUUUUCCCUUCCCUCUGCCUCUGGCCCCAUUCAGCCCCACUUCUGUGCCCUGGCUGCCCGCAGUGUCCUCUGGCUCUGGGGAUGCUGAGGUGAGCUGCUGCUGGGUGGGGCUAGUGAAGAGAACAGAGUUGGGGGUUCCACCCUGGCCCCCUAUCCCGCUAAGCCCAAUUAGGGGCAGGGGGUUCUGCAUAGGCCUCUACUGUGCUGUCCUGGCUAUGCUGGGACGCGGGAUGCCCUGGGAGUUCUGCAUCCCAGCCCCUGCCCUGGGACAGCAGGUGCCCAGGGGACAGCCCUGGGCACUGGAAGGGCGCUGGCCAUGGUGGGGUGGGGUGGGGGGCAUUUGUUCCAAGGUUUAUGGUGUGGGUGGUGGGAGUGGCAGCGAGGGAGUUAAUAGUAGCCAGUUACCCUUCUCUGGAAGGAAAAACUCCCCAUAAAAGCCCUGCUGCCUGGCCUCCUGCCAGGGCCAGACCAGAAGCGGAGAACUGGAAGCCCGGCCUUCGGCCAGCUCUGCCUCUGCGGUGGAUGCUCCAGGAAGCAGCAGCCCCACCGCAAGCCCUCCAGCCACGCACCCGCCUGUCUACCUGGCUGCCUGCUGUGCGUCUGGAAACCUGUCUGUCUGUCCUGAAACCUCGACUCUGUUCAACUGUCUCUCUGACCUUCCUUCUCUUACUAGCCUCUGCCCAGCCUGUCUCUGACCUCGUCUGUCCAUCUGUUCAAUCAUCUGUGAGUCCAUCUGCACACCUUCUUGGCCACUCAUCCACCCAUCUCUCUGAGCAUCUGUCUGCCUUCUUCCUUCCCCUCUCCCUCCGGGCUGCAGAGCCAUGGCAGGGGGCCAUGGGGCCACGAUCAGCCUGGUCCUGCUGGGGCUGGGGCUGGGGCUGGCCAUCAUCUUGUCCACUGUGCUCCUCUCUCAGCGUCACUGUAGCCCCCAGGCCUUUGCCCACGCUGCAGUCGCUGCCGACUCCAAGAUCUGCUCGGACAUUGGACGAGCCAUCCUCCAGCAGCGUGGCUCACCUGUGGACGCCACCAUUGCGACACUGGUCUGCACUGGGGUGGUCCACCCCCAGAGCAUGGGCCUGGGUGGAGGGGUCAUCUUCACCAUCUACAAUGCGACCACAGGGCAGGUGGAGGUCAUCAAUGCCAGGGAGACGGUGCCUGACAGCCAUGACCCGGCUCUGCUGGACCAGUGCGAGCAGGCUCAGCCUCUGGGCACAGGCUCCCAGUGGAUUGGGGUGCCCGGGGAGCUUCGCGGAUAUGCCGAGGCCCACCGCCGCCACGGCCGCCUGCCCUGGGCACAGCUGUUCCAGCCCACCAUCGCUCUGCUUCAAGAGGGCUUCCGCGUGCCCCCCGUCCUGGGCCAGUUCCUGAGCAACAGCCUCCUGCGGCCUUCCCUGUAUGCAUCCUCCCUGAGGCAGCUCUUCUUCAACGGGACAGAACCCCUGAGGCCUCAGGACCCUCUCCCGUGGCCCGCGCUGGCCGCCACCCUGGAGGCCGUGGCUGCGGAAGGCGCAGAGGCCCUCUACACAGGGAAGCUGGGCCAGCUGCUGCUGGAGGACGUUGCCAAGGAAGGCAGCCGGCUGACCUUGCAGGACUUAGUGUCAUUCCAGCCAGAGGUGGUGGAUGCCCUGGCAGUGCCCCUUGGGGACUACACCCUGUACUCACCGCCACCACCUGCAGGGGGCGCGAUUCUCAGCUUCAUCCUCAAUGUGCUCAAAGGGUUCAACUUUUCCGCCGAGUCGGUGGCCAAGCCCGAGGGGACCGUGAACUUAUACCACCAUCUUGUAGAGACGCUCAAGUUUGCUAUGGGGCAGACGUGGCGGCUGUGGGACCCUCGAAGCCACCCAAAAGUCCAGAACGCCUCCCAGGACCUGCUGGGGGAGGCCCUGGCCCAGCACAUCCGCCAACAGAUCGACGCCCGGGGUGACCACCAGCUCAGCCACUACAGCCUGGCUGGGUCCUGGAGCCACAGGAUGGGCACGGCCCAUGUGUCUGUGUUGGGAGAGGAUGGUAGUGCCGUGUCCGCCACCAGCACCAUCAACACACCCUUUGGCGCCAUGGUGUACUCACCGCGCACGGGCGUCCUCCUCAACAACGAGCUCCUGGACCUGUGCUGGAGGCGCCCGUGGGGCUCCAGAGUCCCCCCGCCGCCCGUUCCAGGCGAGCGGCCCCCAUCAUCCAUGGCCCCGUCCAUCUUGGUCAACGCAGCCCAGGGGUCGAAGCUGGUGAUCGGCGGGGCUGGCGGGGAGCUCAUUGUCUCCGCUGUAGCCCAGGCCAUCAUCCAGAAGCUGUGGCUGGGCCUCAACCUGCAAGCCGCCAUCACAGCCCCCAUCCUGCACGUGGACAGCAAGGGCCGGGUAGAGUACGAGCCCGGCUUCAGCCAGGAGGUGCAGAAGGGGCUCCAGAACCGAGGCCAGAACCAGACUGAGAGGCACUUUUUCCUGAAUGUGGUCCAGGCUGUGUUCCGGGACGGGGCCUGCGUGUAUGCCGCCUCAGACCCCAGGAAGGGUGGAGAGGCCUCAGGCUACUGAAGAGGCUGCCACUGCCUCCCGUCCCCCGUCCAUGUGUGCCCAGGCUGGCCUGGCCCAUGGGACUGAGUGCUCUGGCAGGAUCUGGACCCCUUGGCCGGGUGGUCAGCCUAGGGCCGCAAGAGGUGGGGACAGCCGGGCAGAUGGACUGUGGGGGCCGAGCCCUCCCCCUGAUCCCCCUGUGGCCCUGCCCUGGCCCCUCCAGCUUCCCCAGGCCUCUCACACAGGGCUGUGCCCCCUACCCCUGACCCCACUCCCUGUGUAUCCUCCAGCCCAAUAUUAAAGAAUAGACUUCACUGUG